AUGCCCCGCCGACGCUGGGUCGUAGACGACGAGUCCGAGUCGGAGUCCGAGUUCUCAGAGACAGAUGUUUCCUUCACCCGUCCUGGAGGUCGUACAUCCGUCAAGCGUCGCUCGUUUUCACGAGUUCGUCGUGACAGCCCCAACUCUAAUGCCUUUUUGACUCCCGCUAUCAUCGCUCCUCCCCCACGCCGCUCUGCCUCUACGGGAGGUAGACGCCGCCGAGGAGGGGACGAUCCAAUUGUGGUGGUUGACGUUCACAACGACGUCCACGCCAAACAAGACUACCGAGACGCUCAUCGCAACAAGAUCGAUCAGCGUCUCGCACAACGUGAAGACGACAUUGACGAAAUCGACAUUAUCCGCAGUCGCCGUCACCCCAGAAUCGUCGCAGACAUCCCCGCAUCUCGCACCCCGUCCCCCCGCCAGCAACAGCGCGAUUGGGAAAUACUCAUGGACCAGCGCAUCCUCCAAAAGAAUGACGUUCGCCAGGACAUGGAACUUGCCAAGCAGCAACAAGAGAUUGAACGCUUGGAGCGACAGCUAGCCAAGAGCAGAGAAAAACGCCGCGAAGAGCCGCAUCAUGGUUCUACCUCCCGUCGCCGACUCGCUGAAGAGGAAAUCUGGGAGGACGAGCUUGCCGAACGAUUGCGCAAACUUGACAGGCUCGAGUCGUCGAAGCGCACAGAAGAGGAACAAAAGCUUGCUGAUUAUCGCUCCAAGGUCAAGCGACUGGAAGAAAUCGAGCGGGAGCAGCGCAUUGCAGAAGAGCAGAAAAUGGCCGAUUACCGUGCUAAAGUCAAGCGACUCGAAGAAGCAGAACAUAAGGCGGCUGAAGAAGAGGAAGCUAGACGUUUGGCCAAGAUCAAACGACUGGAAGACAUGGAGCGAAAGGCUGCGGAGGAAGAGGAGGCUAAACGUAUCGCACAAGAGAAACACUUGAAGGAGAUUGAAAAGAGAGAGAAGAUUAAGGCUGAGAGGGAUAGAAUCAUCAAGGAGAUCAAAGAUGAGGAAGCCCGAAAGACCCUGGAAGAGGAGCAACGCCGAAAGGAGAUGGCCGAGCUCAAGAGAAAGGCCAUCGAAGAAUGGCAAAGGGCCGAGGAAGCUAAAAAGAUGAAGGAAAUUGAGGAGCAAAAGGCAAAGGAUAAGGAAUUUAGGGAACGACUGAGAGUCGAGUUUGGAUAUAGCGAGGAAGAGAUUGAGAAGAUGCUCAAGAAGAAGCAUGAGCAGGAAGGGAAGGGGGAGAAACACGAGCACCACCAUCACGGCGGCGGCGCAGUUGUCGUUUUGGAACCUCCAAAAGAGAAGACGACAUUCAUUCGGGUUCACCGCAAGUAUUUGCUUCCUGCAACAUUGGAUGCUUUCAAACUUCCAUGGGACUGGGAUGAUCGUGACGGAAACUACAUCAUCAUCAAGCAAUGGAUCUCUGAAGAUUUCCAAGAAGAACUAUUUGCACACACUCGUCGACUUCGCGGCGGCAAGCUCAUCGAGGAGACAUCAACGACCCUCACCGAACUCAAAGUCAACGACCGCAAGCGAGAUAAAAUGUAUCUGGUCCGGAAGAAGAAUCCCGGCAAAUCGUGGAUCUUUACUUGA